UGCGAAACUAGGGAAUGUGCCCUACUUCCAUGCUUCUAGCAUGCUGCUGUGCUGUGGCGCUUGCACGUGGACGGUAGCGCUCGCUUUGCACGUGGUCGAGAUCGAGCGCACUGUUAAGUGCCAAGUCAACGUCAACAAGGUUUGCCUUCUGGUUCCCGGUUCAACCUAAAUCAAGGUGAUUCUCAUCCUGCAUACUGAGGGCAAUCACCAAUAUGGCGAAUUACCAUUCUGAUGCUGUGGCGGAUUUCCAACAAGCAAAGAAGAAGUAUAAAAUGUACCAAAAAACCUUGAGAAAGAUUCCUGAUAAUGGAGUGCUUCUCGGCAAGAUCAUAAAAACCAACUUGACAAACUGCCAAAAUGUCCUGCGCCUUGUGGACAGUCUUGAGAGAAUGACGGAGCCGAGGGCCUUCUGCUGUGGUGGCUGGGUGGAGCUGGAGCAAAAGGCCAGACUUUUGAUGCAUGCAGAUAAGAAAAAUGAGUUCGGAUGGCCGAUCACCAAACUUCCUGUGGAAGAGCUUCUUGAGUUUUGCACUCCAGCUCCUUACGGAGAUCUUGAGAAGCAGGAGACUGUGUACAAUUCCAAUGUGCGUCUGGCAUCCGAGUGUGAAGCCAGUAAGUUCAAGUUUGCCAGGAAAUCUGAUCCUAAUCCCCAGCCAGGAAAAAGGAACAAGACAGGAACCCCUCUUCCACAGGUUCUGGUUGACUACAUCCCAGAUUUUCUUCGCUUCAUCAGAAGCAAGGUGAGCAGCACUCUGGCAAAUGAAGAUGAUGUCACUCUAGAGUGCUACAAGUUGAAUGUCUGUGGCACUGGGGGUUUCUUCAGUGCUCAUGUUGACACGCCUGUUGAUGCAGCUCAGAUGAUCGGGACGGUGGUUGUGUGCUUACCUUGCCCACACACCGGAGGAGAGCUAAUUGUCAAGCACAGAGGAGCCAAGGAAGAGUUUCUCUUUGCCAAGCUGUCUGCUGAUCGGGGAAAGAUUCAGUGGGCUGCCUUCCUCUCUGACUGCGUGCAUGAAAUCCUGCCGGUAAAGUCAGGACAUCUCAUCACUAUCACCUAUAACAUCAUCCGAAAGAAAUCCAGUUGGUCUGAAAGUGGGUUUGGACACUAUACAAAUCGAAAGUUCUUCACAGGCAAGAAGAUCAAAGCUGAUCAAAAUACAACCUUGGCCAACAUCGUCUCGGAUGUCCUCGAAAUUGCUCAGAAGAAAAAUCUGAAGCAAUUGGGUAUUUUCCUGCGGCACAAGUACACCAUGUCAGCGCUGGCUGAGGGGAACCUCAAGGGCUUGGACCAGGUCCUGUGCGAUGGUCUGGCCUCCAGAGGUCUGACCUGUCACCGCCUGACAGUUCUCGUCCAUGAACAUGAGCAAGUGCUUGAGUAUGACCAGACAUGCGGGGAUGAAGAUGACGAGGGCAUGGUCUAUGCCUUCAGCCGAGAGGACAUGCUGUACGUCAACAAUGAAGGACCCAAACCUCGGCAUGUUGCUUGGAAGGCCAUGGAGUUCAUCAAAGACUGGAGCAAGGGCAAGGUCGUGGUAGACAGGAGGGAAACAGAAGCGGAGAAAUACAACUGUUGGUACACCGAGCCAGGAGUAGUGGAUCAGCUCUAUUUCCAGUCUACCAUUGUCAUUGACAUCCCUGCAAGAUCUAAUGAGGAGCCAAUGGUAAAAAAGGGUGGCUGCUCUGCUACCUCCGGCCAUAGUGAUGAUGCUGAUGAGGCAGAAGAUGAGGAAGAUGAUGAGGAAGACGAUGUAGAAGAUGAUGUGGAAGACGAUAGAGAGAGCUCAAGAGGGAGAAAAAGAGCCAGGAUAAUUUAGUUUUUCGGCCAACUUUUCUUUUUGUACAUAAGGAGUUAGUAAUAUCUUAUUAAAACUAUCCUCAUUUCACCGAAAACCACUCUCAUGUUUUGCAAUGCAGUUUUGAUGAAUGCAGGACUGAAUUUGUAGAUCCUGGACUUUGUCACUUAAAAGAGACCUGAGUUUUGUUGAAACAGUAAUACAGUAUUAGUGAGUCAUUACAGACUUUAUUGUACUUUUGCCAGAUUUAGGAAAGAUCCUCGAAAGAGUGCCAUGAAAGUUACAUGUACAGUCGAGAGAUAAGAGCUUUUGAUAAAUUUACCCAAGUAUUUGUUUUAAUACGGAAGGGUCAUUUGAUUUCAUAAAGUGAAAGUUCAAAACUGGAAUUUUGAAAUUAAUUUUGUUACAAUUUUUUGACCAUCUUAGACACGUACAUUUUUACUAUUAUUUUCAUCAAAUAACCUGUUUUCAUUUUGUAUAAUCCUUUGAAAAUGUAAUAUAUAGCAAACAAGUGUUUGUUGGUUUAGUGGUGUAAUUAUCGGUGUCAAUAAAAAUGGAGAAGACUUUCAAAGAGGGCCACACAAUAGGGACUUUUAAGAUUUAGGAAAUCUUCCACAAAGAAUUUCAACUUGUUACGCUGUUAACUUAUAAUAACAGGUGAAACAAACAUUUGUCUUUCUUGCACUUUAUUUUGUUAAAUGCAUGCCUGUUACAAAUAUGUUAAAUGCAUGCCUGUUACAUUUUAGGUUACUCUUUGUAAACAACGUUAGACUGAUUGCAUGUGUAUUAGGUAGUAGUAGUGAAACAAUAAGCCUAUGAGAAAAAUCUUAAUCAUAAAUGUUUAAAAAAAAUAUUUCCCCCCCAUCUUUUUCUGAGGAUUUUGGAGACUCAUUUCACCGUUGAGUCUUAUGAAGUUAUGUUAAGAUUGGAAAUAACUGUGAUAUGUUUUAUAUUGUUGGCUCAAAGAAAUUUAGAUUGGUGCUCCCAUAUUACAUAUUUAGAAACGAACUUAAGACACAAGCUUCUCAAAUUGUUUGUAUUGCAUUUCUUGCUUUUACUUGUCAUUUAGUC